GUUUUACACGGUCCGAAGCGUCUCGAGUUUGUCAUCCGAACGAACGUUGGGCCGUACAAUAACGACGUUUCAUCGCUCAAAAGUCAGUAAAGUUUCAAAUUUCAAAGCAUUUUGACGGAGAAUAAGCUCGUUUUUCUCCAUUUUUGUCGAUCUGAUACAAAAUCGCGCCAAAAAUUUUCGAUUUCCUUUCUAAAUAGGAAAUGGCUAUGGCUGGAUUGUACCGUCGACUCCUCCCUUCUCCUCCGGCUAUCGAUUUCGCUUCCUCUGAAGGAAAGCAACUUUUUAUUGAAGCUAUUCAGAAUGGGACGAUGGAAGGUUUCUAUAGGUUGAUUUCUUACUUCCAGACACAGUCAGAGCCUGCAUAUUGUGGUUUGGCAAGCCUUUCUGUGGUCUUGAAUGCCCUUGCUAUUGACCCUGGAAGAAAAUGGAAAGGACCUUGGAGGUGGUUUGAUGAAUCCAUGUUAGACUGUUGUGAACCUUUAGAAACGGUUAAAGCUAAGGGCAUCUCCUUUGGGAAGCUAGUAUGUUUGGCUCACUGUGCUGGUGCAAAAGUUGAAGCAUAUCGAACAAAUCAGAGUACCAUUGAUGAGUUUCGCCAACAUGUUAUAAAAUGCACUACUACUGAUGAUUGUCAUUUGAUAUCAUCAUAUCAUAGAGGAACUUUCAAACAGACAGGAACUGGCCAUUUUUCACCUAUUGGUGGUUACCAUGCUGGAAGAGACAUGGCAUUGAUUCUGGAUGUUGCACGUUUUAAGUAUCCUCCACAUUGGGUUCCACUAACACUUCUUUGGGAGGCUAUGAAUAAUAUUGAUGUGACAACUGGACAACGCAGAGGGUUUAUGCUCAUUUCAAGGCCUCACAGGGAGCCUGGGCUGCUUUAUACCUUGAGCUGUAAGCAUGAGAGUUGGGCUAGUAUUGCAAAGUAUUUGGUGGAUGAUGUUCCUCUUCUCUUAAAGUCAGAAGAUGUGAAAGAUGUUAAUAGAUUGCUGUAUGUUGUUUUCACAUCACUGCCAUCAAAUUUUGGAGAAUUCAUCAAGUGGGUUGCAGAAGUUCGGAGACAAGAGGAUGGUAGAGGAAAUCUAAGCCAAGAGGAGAAAGGACGGCUUGCUGUCAAGGAAGAAGUGUUGAAACAGGUGCAGGAGAUUGGACUUUUCAAACAUGUAGCAGAAUUUUUGUCUUCAGCAAAUUCAUGUUGCAAAAACAUGUCAAUUCUGAGUCAAGAAAAUUAUCUUCCUCGCGUUGCUGCAAGUAUCUGUUGCCAAGGGGCAGAGAUUUUGGCAGGGAGGUCUGGUACUUCAGGAGGUUAUUGUUGUAGUGAAACAUGUGUGAGAUGCAUGAAGACCAAUGAUGACAAGCCUAUCACCUUGGUGUCUGGUACAGUUGUAGAUGGCAAAACUGAACAGGGGCUUGAUGUGCUGGUUCCUUCAUCUCAAAUGAAACCGAGUUGUGGGUGUGGCCCGAGUAGUCACAUUGGGAUGUAUCCAGCUGGCAAUGAUGUGCUUACAGCACUUUUAUUAGCUUUGCCUCCUGAAACGUGGUCAGGUAUCAAAGAGGAGAAACUUUUGCAAGAAAUUCACGCACUUGUUUCGUCUGAAAAUCUUCCAACUUUGCUUCAAGAAGAGGUGUUGCAUCUACGACGGCAACUCUACCUUCUGAAGAGAUGCCAAGAGAACAAGGUAGAUGAAGAUCUCGGUGCACCUCUUUCAUAGCUUUUCAAUAAUUUCCUUGGACAUUUAUUUAUCUAAGCCAUAACAUUCAUUGCUGCGGAUAUGAAUUUUGGAAAAUGUAUAAAAAUGAUAUGCUACCCGGAAGAUUCGUAUUGCCUUUUACAGGUUUUAUGAGCCAUAAAACAAACCUGGGAAGUGUUCCUCAGGAAUUUAGUCAUUGGAAAAGAGGCCAAGGCACUCAUCUGCAGAAGGCAGAGCGAAACUCCUGUUCACAACUGAACCAAUGGAUUUGCUAAGUUCUGGAGAUUGAUUGAUUGUACAAUAUAAUGACAAAAUCUCAAUCACUUAGUGCAGAUUGAUUUCUUUUUCUUUUUUAGCAAUAAAGGGUUAGUCCUAGCAUUUAA